UAUUCCAUUGCAAAAAGAAUCGUGAUAGUGCAGUCGUACGUUCUCACGGGUUCCAUUAAGGAAACGCAGGAAAUUUUUGCUGCAAAGUUUCUUGCCGCUGGUGUCCCAGCAAAGUGCGCAAUACAGCAGUUGAUGAAAAAGUGGCGUACGACAAGGUCAGUUGGAACUCCAAAAAGAAUCUGGUCUCGCCCGUCCGCACACCUGAGGCGAUCGCCGAUGUUUUUGCACGGAUGGAGAGAAGCCCUGCCAAGUCUACACGUAAGUUGUCUCAGCACGCGUACAUUUUGCGCACCUCUUGCCAGCGCAUUUUACACGACCGCCGAAGGAAACCGUACCAAGUGUCACGUGUGCAAAAACUGA